AUGGGCUACAUUGCCAACACCCCCGAAGACCGCCUCGAGCGGUCCGACUCCAAAGACCCGAACACGACCUGUAAAGGCCUCACCGGUGCCGGAAACCUGUGCCGAAACCCGGUCACGCCCGUCAACGGCAAGAAGCUAUCGCCGACUGUCGUGGAGGAGUCACAUUACUGCCACCACCACAGGGACCAGGCGGCCAGCCGCUCUGCACAGUCGAGUCCAGGGCCCAGGCUGUCCGGCAGGCCCGUCCUGGAGCAGCGCUCCAGCAUCGACACCCUCGCCGACCGCCUCGGCCUCGUGGACGUCGGGUCCAACCCGACCAAGAAGCAGAGCCGACCGCAGGGCGGACGCCCCAACGGAAACACCCGGCCGCCGAAGAAGGAAAAGGAGAUGCUGCACUUCUGCUUCUGCUUCUCCCUCCCCAUCGACGAAGUCCACGAUGACCCCCAGCCGGCACCACGGCCCCAGCCGCGACCGGUGCAGAACGGCGGCUCCGCGCCCAUGCCCCGCCCCUCGAGCCAGCUCCUGUCCCCCCCUUCCAACGGCCGGCCGAGACCGAGCGCCUCAAGCAGCUCCCGAAAGAGCUCCUCCCAGCAGCCGUCGCCGCAGCCCCUGUCAACCUCCCAGACGGCGCAGUACCUCUCCCUCAUCCCGCCGUCGACCGAUCCGCAGACGGCCUCUGCCUUAAUGGCCGAGCUGGCCCGCCCGUAUGGUAGCUCCGAGGAGCCGGGCUACAUCUACAUGUUCUGGAUCAUGCCGACGUCCAAGAAGGAGCGGCGCGCUGCAGGAGGCGCGGGUCGCUGGCUUGCGUCGCCCUCGCCGGGCGCGGGGGCGCGGGGCGGCAGCGUCGGUCGAGCGACGUCCUUCGGCCUUCGCAAAAGGCCAACGGGCGGCGCGUCGGCGGGCGACAAGAUGCUCAUCAAGAUCGGGCGGGCGGCCAAACGUGCAGCGCCGCAUGCAGCAGUGGACCAAGCAGUGCUCGUACGAGAUCGAGGUGCUGCGGUACUACCCCUACCUGCCGGGCGCGAGCGCCGCGUCCGGGGAGCAGCCGCGCAUGACGCCGCACGUCCACCGCGUCGAGCGGCUGAUUCACAUCGAGCUGGCGGGACUGGGGCUGCACGCCGGGCCCAUCACCUGCGACGGGUGCAACCAGGUCCACCGCGAGUGGUUCGAGGUGCAGACGUCCAAGAAGGGCAUCGGGGCGGUGGACGAGGUCAUCCGGAGAUGGGUUGA